UGCUUGGGUCACAGCCGCACACCUCCCUUCUUCCUCCUCCAUCCCUCUCACUCUCGCCAGCCGCCGCCACAAACCCUCGCCCCGUUUCCCCGAUCCCCAUAGCCGCCGCAUCCGUCCUCGCCCAUCCUCCCUCCAUCCGCCUCGCCCCGAGCGCCUCCUGCACCUCGUGCGCAGAUUCGUCAGCCUCGUCCCCGCCUUCAUCUUCCACUUCCCGGUCGCCCCCGGAGCAACCCCAAGCGGCGGCGGUGUUGGGGACAAGAGACGAAGAUGGGCACCAGGUCCUUCUUUACCGUCGAUAACUCAGAGAUUCAGUCCGACCCUGAGUUAUCGACGCUGAUAGAGGAGAUCUUGUCCCUGAAGCGCGAGCGCAGAGACUUGAUUGGGUCUCUUACCCCGGGGAUUUCUCGCUGGGUGGAUGAGAUCUCUCGAACAUCAACGUCGUCCGUCCUGGCCAAUGAGGACUGCAAAGAACCCUUCGGUAUCUUGGAGGAUGUUGAGGAUUUGGGCCAGCGGAUGCUAUCCAUGUCCCAUUUCCUUUCCUGCUCCAAUUCCCACAUCCCAUUGUACAAGGCCGACGAGCUGGUUAGCACAUCAUCCAAAUUAAUGAAGAUCUCCCAGGAUUUCUGCAAAUCUACAGAGCAGGCAAUGGAUAAGGCCGUGUCGGAGGCAGCAGAGGAGGAGGAGAAGAGGAAGGAGGAGGAGAGGAAAGAGGACAAGAAGAAGAGGGAUAGGAUGAGGAAGAAGGAGAAGAAGAAGCAACAACAGCACAAGGAGAAGGAUGAGGAGGACAAGAAGAAGAGGGGUAUGAUGAGGAAGAAGGAGAAGGACAAGAAGAAGAAGAAGAAGAAGAAGAAGCAGCAGCAGCAGAAGGAGGAGGAGGAUGCACACGUUACAUCUGACAAGAUCACCGAGAAGAUGGAAAGAAAGGAGGAGGAAGAGGAGGAGGAUGAGGAGGAGACGAGGAGGCAGCAGGAGGUGAGGAAGAUCAUGGCUGCCAAUGAAUUCUUGAGUCUCUCCUCCAAUGUCCUGGCGAGACCCUGCUGUUACAGAAAUGAGUUGGCGAUGAUGAUUACAGAGGAGGAUGAGCAGGAGUAUGAGAGGGUGAUGGAAGCGGAGAGGCAGGCAGCGAUGGAGGCGGAGGAGGCCAAGAGGGAGGCAGUAAGGAAGGCAGAGAAGGAGAAGGAGCGGCGGAGGGAGAUGAGCAAGCAAAGGAAGGCGGAGAAGGAGGCAAAGAGAAAGCAGAUCCUGCAGAACAAGGCGCCCAUUGUGGAGAAGGAGGAGCGCAUUGUGAAGGAGCAUGCUGAUGAGCAGGAAGCAAAAUCCCCAGCGGAGCAGCGCAUUGUGGAGGAGCAUGCUGAUGAGCAGGAAGCAAAAUCCCCAGCAGAGCAGCUUAAAGAGCGGAUGGAUAACCAGCUGGGUUUGUUCGCAGGCCGCCGUAGAGCAUGGGAAUACUCAAGUGGCAGCAAGCCGGGUCAGUGCGGGGGAUUCAAAUAUAAAACUCUAUUGAGUCCUAUGCAGUUUACGCAUUGCAUACCCGGUAUCAUCCCGCCCCGUGCCGCUGUUAUUGAGAGCUCCUUGCAGAUCUACUCCUUCAAAAUUACUGGACUAGGUGGCGACCUGAAGUGGCCACUCAAUGUGUAUGGUGUGGUCGCUGCCCGAGACACCGUGGACCACAACCGCAACCUUAUCUUCUCUCAGUCAAGUGUUAUGUAUCAACUACUUACAUCUGAAAAUGACUGUUCUUUGUGCUUGAUUGGCCCGUCACGUGCUAUUCUAGCCGUGGACCCUGUUGACUUCGAAGUUGAGCUGCGAGUACAUGAUGGCUAUGAUUUUAGAGGUGAUGGGAUCAAUGAGAGAGAAUUGAUCUGUGUUAGCAACCGCUACGAGGUCGCACCCAGCGGUGAGAUUCAACGUUUAACCUUCUAUAGUCCGUUGUGUAGAGCAGUGUUGAGCCUUCAACGACUUUCUAGUUCGGUCCAGGCAACUAUCUUGUCGAUUCAUGUUGUCGGAGAGGGUCAUCCUUUUAAAUCUGGAGGGGAAGUUUUUUGUUGGUCAUCUAGUGCAGAUGGUAGUUCUACUAUACAUGAGAAGGUUGUGCUCCUUCAUUCUCUUGAAGGAAUUCCUCAAGAAGAUGAUGAGUUAGAUCUAGAUGGUUACCUCCCUCUGUCAAGAAACGUCGUUUCGGUAGAAUCUGGAGGAGGGUUGAAUGUUGUGGUAGAAACGUACGGGGGAUCUUCUACAUCUACUCAUGUCUACUUCCCUUGUGAGAAUUGCAACAUCAGUCAGCGUACAUGUUUGGUUUGCGGCUCUGAGGUGGAGAUCACUGUUGCUUGGUCCCGACUUGUCCGCGACAAGAUGGACCUUUUGAUUGAUGGAUAUACUACCCAGGCCUAGUAUGCUGUCUUGGCCAUGUAUUUUUGUUUUGCUAGUGGUGUGCUAAGGCAAGUAGAAUGUCAAACUGUAUGUGUAUCCGACUCUGUGUACUGACUUAUCUUGAUACGGUUGAUUGGAGCACGCACCGCACAAAGAAGUACAUAUACAAAAAUAUGCU